AUGGACCUGCAAGACUUAGUACCUCCUCUGCCGACGGACUUCGUUGAGGCCUUGCAAGAAUGUGGCAUCCGCACGGAUAUGGACUUGCUAUUUCCCGGAUCAGUCGAGGACCUGCAGGCGAAGCUUUCUUCGGGUGUUGUUUCCCGAGAUAUACUUGAAACUUACACAGCCCAACUUGCUGAGAGUGCGUCUGCUCCAGUUUCGACCGGCGUUGAAUGCUAUAGGCGGGCCAGUCUCUCAGCGACAAAGGAUCCUCGAUUUCGCAGCGGUGUGCAUGCUCUGGACGUGUUGUUAGACGGCUUCGGUGGUUCACGAGUUAUAGAAAUAUCCGGAGUGAAGGGCUCCGGUAAAUCGGCUCUUGCUCUGCAUCUAGUUUGCAAACAUCUAUCCGAGGUCUCCGACUCAAGUGUCCUAUGGCUGGAUACGACCGGUGACUUCCAAAUCGACAGAGCGGUGCGAUGGUUGGCGGCGGCGGAAGGAGAGGCCUCCGGUACAGCCCUGGACAGACUGCACAUUGCCAUGCCUGCGGAUGCCGAAGAAGCGGAUAAUAUCCUGGACGCUCUACGCCAGUCACUCUCUCACCCCGCGAAAGGUGGUCCUGUAAUUCGUUGCGUCGUGAUCGACACAUUGUCAAAGCUUCUGUCUUGCCGUCUGAAUGCUACCUCUUCUCAAGGGCAUGCAAUCAUGACAACGUUUAUGCGACAACUCCGUUCUAUGGCGCGGACGUUCUCCCUUGCAAUAUUUAUAAUCAACGACACCAGCUACGCGUUGCCGUAUAAUGCACAAUCGGCUUUUGCAUCGAAUACCAGAAAGCCUGCACUGGGACCAACGUUCGCAUUCCUCACGGAUGCUUGCCUCUGGCUAGCGAAGUAUGACGCGGAUCACCAGGUCGCUCAAGAGGGAUCCACGACAUACAUCGCGGAGGUCUUGAGAUCAAGAAAAACCCAAUCCCGAACAUGGUGCACCUUCAGAAUACGAGACGGUGUAUUCCUCCAGUCUUGAAAAGCAUACUGCAUCCUGUCGAAGAGAUGUCCUGCGCUUCCUCCUAUCACCGCCUGCAGUACUGCAGGGCAAUCCUCGCCAAUGUUGUUGGUUUGGGAAAUGUGCCGGCGAUGAGGAUUGUGACGAUUUGGG